GCGUGCGCAGAAGGCCUGGUGGGUGCACGGCACGAGCCCCGAAGUCGCUUAGGAGCUGACGAGCCAGUCCCUCAAAACGACUUCGUUCGAGGUUGGCGCCCGCCUUUUUCAGAGAGCACUUCUUAGUGGGUAUUCCGUCCGGGGCCACUUUUCUGAGGCCGAAGGACCCCUAGUCAGUGUGUGAGACAUAGCUUGGCCGAGCCUGGGAACCACCUGGGGCUGAGAGACAACCUUAAGUGGACAGAGAUUCUAGAACAGGAGAAAUAAAACAGCUAUCGUUUGGGAGCAAUGAGUUUAAAACCCUUUACCUACCCGUUUCCAGAGACGAGGUUUCUUCAUGCAGGACCCAAUGUGUAUAAAUUCAAAAUCAGAUAUGGGAAGAGUAUCAGAGGAGAAGAGAUAGAAAAUAAGGAAGUCAUCACCCAGGAGCUGGAGGAUUCUGUCCGCGUGGUCUUGGGAAACUUGGACAAUCUUCAGCCCUUUGCUACAGAACACUUCAUUGUAUUUCCCUAUAAAAGCAAAUGGGAGAGAGUUUCCCACCUGAAAUUCAAACAUGGGGAAAUUAUCUUGAUCCCCUACCCAUUUGUUUUUACUCUAUAUGUGGAGAUGAAAUGGUUCCAUGAAAACCUGUCACCUGGGAAACCAAUAAGUGACAGUCCUCUUGGGUUGGUCCCAGUUGAGAAGAAAGCAGUAGGAGCUGUGAUGAGGAAACGAAAACACAUGGACGAGCCCAGCUCCCCCAGCAGGCCAGGGCUGGACAGGGCCAAGAUAGGGACUUCCAGCCAAGGCCCCAGCAAAAAGAAGCCCCCUGUGGAAACCAGGAGAAAUAGGGAAAGAAAAACCCAACAAGGAUUGCAGGAGACUCUGGCCUCUGAUAUCACUGAUGUCCAGAAACAAGAUUCUGAGUGGGGGCACAGCCUGCCAGGGCGAAUUGUCCCACCCCUGCAGCACAACUCACCUCCACCUAAGGAGCGAGCAGCCACCGGCUUCUUUGGGUUUCUAAGCUCUCUCUUCCCGUUUCGAUAUUUCUUCAGGAAGAGCAGCCACUCUUGAGCCUUCCAAAUGCAGCGCUGGAAAGAGGAUCAUCUCUUGUAGUGACUCCUCCCGAGCCAUUCUUCUUCCAACUCUAUCCUUUUCUUAUGACACUUCAGUCGUGGGGAAUGAGGUCCCCAUGCUGAGUCCUCUGUGGUUUUAUCGUGUCCUUUGCCCCUUUAUAAUAGAUUUUUUUCCCCCAAUUUAAAACAUUAAGAAUGGAACUUUCUAAAAUGUUCAUGUCCUGAGGGCCGGUUUAGGCCUUUUGUCUUCGGCACUUAGGAUCCUAAUGACAAUAAAUUAUUUAUGAAGAGUUA